GCCGGAAGUUGUAGUCCGCUGGGGACUGGCUCCGCGGGAGGCGUCGGGGGAGCCAGCAGCCCAGGUGGCGCUGUAGUGUGAGUGACCUCGGCGGGAGGAGCCUAGGACCCACAGUCAUGGCUGCGGUGGCGGUGGCUGUUCGCGAAGAAUCGAGAUCCGAGAUGAAGACUGAACUUUCUCCUCGGCCCGGGGCAGCGGGGCGGGAGUUGACCCAAGAAGAGAAGCUUCAGCUUCGAAAAGAAAAGAAACAGCAGAAGAAGAAACGGAAGGAGGAAAAGGGGGCAGACCAAGAAAUUGGCUCUGCUGUAUCUGCAGCUCAACGUCAAGACCCAAUCAGAGAACUCCCAGGACCUGGUAGUCAGCUGGGGGGGACUGCUGGGGAGAAACUGCCAGCUGGCCGGAGUAAGGCAGAACUUCGCGCCGAAAGGAGAGCCAAGCAGGAGGCAGAGCGGGCCCUGAAACAGGCAAGAAAAGGGGACCAAGGAGGCGCCCCUCCUCAGGCCUGCCCCAGCACUGCUGGAGAAGCCACCUCAGGAGUGAAGCGUGUCCCCGAGCACACCCCGGGUGAUGACCCCACACUUCUGAGGAGGCUCCUUAGAAAGCCAGAUCGACAACAGGUUCCUACACGAAAAGAUUACGGAUCCAAAGUCAGUCUCUUCUCCCACCUGCCCCAGUACAGCAGACAGAGCUCCUUGACCCAGUACAUGAGCAUCCCAUCCUCUGUGAUCCACCCAGCCAUGGUGCGACUCGGUCUGCAGUACUCCCAGGGCCUCAUCAGUGGCUCCAAUGCCCGGUGCAUCGCUCUGCUUCAUGCCCUGCAGCAGGUGAUUCAAGAUUACACAACACCACCCAGUGAGGAACUCUCUAGGGAUCUUGUAAAUAAACUAAAACCCUACAUCAGCUUCCUGACGCAGUGCCGCCCCAUGUCGGCAAGUAUGUGCAACGCCGUCAAGUUCCUAACCAAGGAAGUCACUGGCAUGAGCAGCUCCAAGCGGGAGGAGGAGGCCAAGUCAGAGCUUAGAGAAGCCAUCGGUCGGUAUGUACAAGAGAAGAUUGUGCUAGCGGCUCAAGCAAUCUCACGAUUUGCUUCUAUGAAGAUCAGUGAUGGGGACGUGAUCCUGGUGUACGGAUGCUCAUCUCUGGUGUCGAGAAUUCUCCAGGAGGCCAGGGUCGAGGGCAAGCGGUUUCGGGUGGUGGUGGUGGACAGCCGGCCCCGGCUGGAAGGAAGGCACAUGCUCCACUCUCUUGUUCGUGCUGGGGUCCCUACCUCCUAUCUGCUGAUUCCUGCAGCCUCCUAUGUGCUUCCAGAGGUGAGGAUUCUCACAGCAAAGGAAUUCCAGAGAUAA